AUGCCUGGCAAAGCCACUAUGGUGACCUUCAAAGCCCCUCCCUUGUUCAAGGUGGUGCUGUCAGACCAGAUGGUGUUUGAAGGCCAGGAAGUCAUUCUACGAGUACAUGUAGAAGGGGAACCCAAACCUAUGAUUAGCUGGUUAAAGAAUAAGCAGCAGCUGAAACCAGGAGCUAAAUGUCACAUGGUUGAGGAGGAAGACGGGAUCUUUGCACUCCACAUCUCUGGGACUGAUAAGAGGGACACCGGUUUCUAUACCUGUAAAGCAAUAAAUGAGUAUGGGACUAAGCAAUGUGAAGCCAAGGUGGAAGUACGAGGUAAG